AUGUCCAUUUUGGCAGUGAUCAGAGAAGAAUACCAGCUUUACGUCGGUGGAUCUGGCCUAGAAUAUGCGGGAUACAAUGUCCCACAAGUACGUGUGGGAUAUCCUGCCAAAGGCCUUCUCCUGGUCCAGGCUGAUGAGGCAGCUCCCGAUGAGUUUUGCGAUGAGAUUCUGGCUGGUUCUCGCGAGAUCUGCGGGAGCCGGCCACCAUUUUGUUGCCUGUCCGUCUAUCUGUCUGUCUGUGUGCAGAAUAAAGUUAUGGAACCUGAGAUUUGGGAUAGUGAUGGAUGUACUACAUCUGAUUCAAGUGACUUGCCAGAUAUAGUUUCCUCUGAUGAGGAUUUUAAAUCAUGGUUUUCUCCAGUCGAACCACCACAGCUAAGCUAUGAAGUGUUGAUUCCUAAGAGGUGGUGUUAUCUGAGGAUGUCCGUAUUGAAGCGGUACUGUCACAUUGUGAAAGUUCAGCUCCUGGGCCCAAUUCUUUUUGGCAGACCUCACCUGGAUGAACGCUAUAGGAACUGGGCAACAGAAGCAGAGCUUGUCCAAUACAAACAUCGUGAUGAACUACGUGACCUUGAUCUCAAAGCACUGAAGAUAAUCGAUCUUCUGGAAUCUGCGCACAGGGCUCUACUUGUGUAUGCUUUGAAGCGGCCACUGCUGAAACAGUUUGUUCGUGUUGGUGAAAACCUUGACCAGUGUUCCACUUUGGAAGAGGCAAUACAAGUGGUAAAGCAGCAAACGAUUUUUCGGGAUGCCUGGAAGAUGUUGGCCUUUGGGAAUAAAAUGCAAGCAGCUGCAGUCCUUGCUCUUACUGGUCUUCAUUAUUUCCGUCAUAUAAAGCAAUAUUCUAUUGAUCAUAAUGAUCUGUUUGAGCAAUUUGAAGAUCACUGCUUUGAGGAAGAGGAGCGAGCAAAAGUAUUUCAGGAGCAUUGGGAAUCAGACAUGAAGAAGCAACAUUAUGAAGCGGCAGUAAAGUCUUUGAAUGAGGCAAUACGAGUAUGUGCAUUUAAUCAUUUGCUGUAUGAGAAGAGAUCUUAUUGCUAUUUCCAGUUGUGUCAAUACAAAAAAGCAUGGAGUGAUGCCAAAAGGUGCAUUGUUCUGAGGCCUCAUUCCAUAGAGGGUCAUUAUCUAUUUGCAGGAGCACUAUGUGGAAAAGGCUGGUAUACUCGUGCAUUGAAAGCUAAUUCUUUGGCAAUUCAAGUAUGUCAGUGGAAAGGGUUGAAUGUGAAGGGCUUGAUGGAACAACGAGAAUUGAUCCAAUUUGAACAAUUACUUUCAUCAGAAGAACAAGCGAUUGGGAAGUGGGAGAAAGAUGACCCCAGUUUGAAAGAGCAAAGCUGUGAUUCUGAGAGUUCAACAGUUGAAGAGGUUGAUGAGGAAGAUGACGUAUCGAGUGAAGAUGACGACGAUGUGAUUCCUACAGUAGAAUUUGUGGAUACUUGGGUCAAAAAUGCGAAGGAUAACAUGUACCCUGAAAAGGAGCAGAAUCAGCAAGCUGUACAUUUGGAUAUUCCUUUUUUGUCAUUGGACUUCAAAGCUAGCAGUUCUGACUCUGAAAAUGACAGUGAAGCCAAGUUAAAUCAAAGGCAUGAAUCAAAGAUGUCACCUGAGUGUGAUCAUUCUGAUUCCGAGUCAAAGUCCAGUUUGAAACAAAAUCAGUGUAAUUCUUUGGAACCUGGAAAGCUAGAAAAAAUAGCAGAUAUAUUUGUAACCAAAACUCUACCCGUUCCUUCCGAGGAUCUUGGAGAAGUGACAUUCCUACUUCCUGUAAAAGGUGCAUGCUUUUCCUCUGUGGAUCAUGAAACAGUUGUGUCAUCACCACCAAUGAAUCCUAAAAAGGACAUGUCCCCACUCUCGUUAUUCUCAGUAGCACACCGACCGUCUUAUGAAAGUGAUUUAGUGUCUGAGGAAAUGGAAGAAACUAGCAGCGAGAACAAGCAGCAUAUGUUGUGCGUUCCCAAGGAAGUACAGCAGGAACAGCACAGCAAACUGGAAAUGAGCUCCGAGGUAGAAGAAAGAUUGCUAAAAUGCAAACUUAAAGAAGCUUCUCAGGCACUGAUGGCAUCUCAUUUUAGAAAUGCCCAGGAGAACUACUUGAAUGCCCUGAAACUCAUAAAAGAAAAGAAAGUGUACAACUUGACUACCAUGGAGUACAUUCUUAUCGAGUAUGCGUGUGGACUGUCAUAUCUGGGAAACAAUUUAAUUCAGAAUAUUCUGGAGGCUGAGCAACACUUUAUGAAAAUUCUUGAAGAGUUCAAGGAGGAAGAUUCACGUCAUUUCAACUGCCUCUCGUAUUAUGGUCUCAGUCGAGUCUACCUCAAAUGGAAUAGGUAUAAAGAAGCGAGAUCAACUUUAGAGAAGUCUCUUACACUGGUCGAGAGUAAUUUAGUCCCAGGACUUCGAAUGUGGCCAGGCACAGAUACAGUAAUUGAAGAAACCAGGGAUGGGGUACUGAAAGAACUGUUGAAGUCCCUUCUUAAAGAGUGCUUGUGCUACCCACGGCCCGAUGCUGUCUGCCGUUAUGACCUCUGUUAUACCCAUAAUAAAAAACGUGACAUUUAUGCAUUCGAUCCCGACUUUAAGGGGUUUGUUCGAGUGCACUGCAACUACGAUUGCCGUACUGAGUACCACUUAUACUGCUGGAGACAGUGCAAAAUUAAAGAGCUCCAAGAUAGAGUAGAAAAAGAUAUUUUGGGUUUGGGCUGUCUUACCCCAGACUGUAUAGGGUGCAUCUGGAAAGUGGACAUUUUUCAGGACUCUCAACAAAAAACAAUCGAAUUUUUAAAGCCAAAAAGAAAUAAAACAAGUUACAACCAAGAAACUAAGGCGGCAUCCAGCAGUUUUAACUUAAAGAAGAUUACCAGGAAAAAAGAAAGGAAGUAUCAAAAUACAGGAAAACAACUGUCCAAUAUCCACCAAGAACAAACUGAUAUUUCGAACCGAAAACCUGACCAGAAUGUUAUGAAGGAUGAAACAGUUGGAGCCAGGAAGAAAGCAGGGAAAACUAAGGAUAUAGCACUUUUGAAUGAAUGGAGGAAGAAUGAUAAAAUCAGAAAUUUGAAAAAGACAGCGACUGAACAGAAUGAGAACAGUUAUGCACAUUCUGAGAUGACAGAUUAUUACCAAUGGGUGUCCAAAAAAGAAAAGGUUCAAAACUCAAACGCCAGUACAUACUUAGAUAAUGAUCUUCAAAAUAUAAAUAGCCCAAUAAAUUUGGAGUUACGUUUCAAUAAAAAGAAUAAAUGCAAAACUAAAGAACUUGGAGCAUCACAAGGCAAAGGUGAAGAACAUGUUACAGAGUCUACAGACUGUAACCUACUUCUAUAUAAAUCUCUCAGUCCAGUGAAUUCUCCACAUUCUAUCUGGUUAGCAAAGGAACAAGCAAGCUCGGAUGAUUCUUGUUCUAAAUCGCAGUCCUUAAAAAACAGCAGUGGAAGAGCUGAACAUAGUAUUGUCAAUAAGAAAAUAACGAUGAGUGAUGGUGCUGUGCUUACUGACCCUAUUAAACCUUUUGAAAGCAAAGAGAGGACCUUCUUGCAACUUUACCAUGAAAACAUUCACCUUAAGCAGAAUUAUGAGAAGUCACAAAAAUUGUAUGCUCGACUUUGUGAUGACACUCAGAGUGAAAUUAAAAUAUUCAAAGAAAAGCAUGAGCAACUUGUUUUCAAAGAGAAGAAAUUGAGGAAUGAGCUCAGAACAGUAAAGCUACAGAUGAAGGCUGAGAAAGAAAAGAAUUUUGACCAAAGGAAGUAUCAAUUACAAGAACUCAGUACACUACAAGAAGAACUUAAAUCUACAAAGAACAAUUUAGAAAGGUCUAAAAAAGCUACUCGUGAAAAUGAUACUGAAGUUCAGAAGAUAAAAGAAGAAAGGGAAAGAUGGAUCAAUGACAAGAAAAAAUUGCAGACAAUUUAUGCCACAAGAAAGGAAGAUUGUAGACAAUCAGCAAGCAGACUACUUUCCGUUGAGACUCAGAUUCAAGAAUGGAAAAAAUACACAAGAUUAUAUCUUCUGAAUCAGCUACUUCAAGAGGCAGUUGAAAAUAUGAAGUUUUAUGCUGCACACAAGAGUCGGUACAUUAAUUCUCCAGACAUCAUUGCUAUUUGUGACAUGUGGGAAAAAAGAAUGAAAGGAAUUCAAGAGCAAAUUGAUCUGGUCAAUGCUACAUCUUGGUCUCCGGAAGAUGGAAUAUAUAAUGACGGUGCAUUUUCUACUAAUUAUUUUAACUUUAUGCCAUCUCAAUACAAAUUUAAACAUCAAAAGUAUCCUGUAAAUCAACAAAGACUUUCACCAUCUCCUGUAACAGUUGAAAUGGGUCAGAAUGUUGCAGAAAGUGCCUGGUUUUCACGCAGAUCUAAGAAUAUAGGACUUGAUGCGAAAACAUUACUGACAGCAGAAAAAAACAACUACAGAUCAGCUGCUUGGCCACGCAGUUACUUAACGGUACCAACUAUGCAGCCUAAUUCAGCCCUUGAUUUGUUGGAUCUUAACCAGUCUGAUCUUGAACUAGAAUUUAGGAUGUUGGCUGGUCAAAACAUGUCAUUUCCUCUUCAUCUUGCUAGUGGUGGUUUGGAAAUGCAUGAUGUCUCAACUGAAGAAAAAUCAUCAACAAUCCCAGAUAAUUCUCUUGGCACAUUACAGACUUCACAUACCUCAGAGAAUCUUCAACAUCAUUUAUUUGAACCUUCUGACUUGACGGCUGAACCCUUUAACAAGCCCUUCAAACAUUUACAAUCUGCACAUGCAAUUGUUAAGCCCAAGAAAGACUUCCAGGCUUUACACACCCAAAGGCCACUUGCUGGAGCAUCCACCACCACCAAGUCACCACUUGGCAGGGGGUUAUCUGCUCUUGCUGAACCAAGAUUAUUGUAUCAUGCAGUAAUGGAACAACUUUUCUUCAAAUUCCCUACAAUAAACGCAGAUGUAUUUCAUUCACUUAUUAAUAAAGUGAAAGAUGAAAAUAAUGGUACUCUGUUAGGUUUAUCUGUCAUUGACCUGGUCAGGCAAGUUUCUCACCAUGUUGUUCAGGGUACCUAUCGAGAAAUGACAUAUCCUUCUGCUUCAGAACUUUUUCCAUUUCGUUCCAUAGACUAUGAAAAUCCUUUUCUCCCCAGCUAUCCUACUCUACAACCUGAUCUGUCACCAGCAAGACCAGAUAGAUUCAGUGGCCUCAUGUCUGCAAGUGCAAAUCCUUCAUGUUUUGAAUCAUUACCUCUUGGAGAUUUGCUGGAGCUGGAAGGCAGUUUUGAUGGCCUUUAGAGUUGAAGAAACAUCAGUUAAAUUUGAACAUAAGAUUUGUAGCGUAAUUAUGUUUGCUGCUGCCUAACAAAUGCUGUUCUUUUGAAAUUUCCAUGCAACUGAAACAAUCUGAAAUUUUUCUACCAUAUUUGGCUUCUCCACUUAUAGGUACAAAUAAUGAUAAAAUUGACUGGUUGAAAUUUCAGUUGAUUAUAAACUGCAAUUGCAACUUUUAAUAAAUUGAUAAAACAUUUUUUUUCAAAAGGAACAUCACUUUCUAUUUAACUAUUGCUAUGAUGUUGCAUCGAUCAGAAUUAAUAAGAGUGAAAUUUAUGCUGUGAAAAUCUACGUUUGUGUUUGUAACAUAAUGAUCUGAUCAGAAUAUCGUGCGUCCCAUUUUUUAUGCAUUAUGACAUUUCUAUUGGAUAAACUGCGUUUCUAAAAAUAGAAAAUUCAGGCAUUACAAAGCACUUCAACACUGCAGUGAAUCAACACAAGAUGAAGCUGUCCUUUAGCUUUUCAGAAAUAUAUUUUAUUGUAACACACCUUUAAAAAGGUAGAUCAGGUGAAUACACUGCAGUUACUGACAAAACUAGAGUGAGUGUGCUUUUCUGUUUGACCCAAAGCACAAUGAAAAUGACCUGAACAGCAGGGAGAUCACAUACAGAAGUAGUCAGGGACACAAUAUUAGAUAAGUAUUUAAAUGAAUAAAAUUAUAUGGAGUUUGCUACCAUCAGAAUGCUACCAUCAAGCUAGAAGGAUGACUGUUUAUUACAUAAAUGGGUAAUAUAUGAAUUUCAGUGCCACUCUGAUGCUAAAUAUGGGCAGUUGCAUACCUAGCAUCCUAAAGAUUGGCAGAUUGUAUUAAACAGUGUGUCCCUUCAACUUCACAACAGGCAAGAUACUUACCAUGUCUAAAAAGCCAUAUUUGCUCAACCCUAAACAGAGUGUAUAAUGUUAUUCUGUGUUUGGGCAACAUUUGUGAAAUAAUCCUGAAUAUUCAGAAACAUGCUCAUAACCAAUUUAAUAUUUUCAGCCUGGAAUGCAGUGUGGCACAUUUGUGUGGACUGAAAAUUAAAUAUUAAUGCAGAGGUCCCUAUUCUUUAUAGUCACAAUGUAUGCACAUGGAGUUUGUUUCACCUGAACAGUAUAAGUCCUGACCAUUCUCUGGUUCAUGCCUCAAGGCAAUACAUUGAGCAACGAGAAUCAACUCAUUGGUUCAGAUUGAAUGCUUGACAGUUAAUGGUUAGUCAUCACCUGACUGGUGUAUGCUGCAUGGCAAUACCUCUAACAAUUUAGAACCUACUUGCCAACUAAUAAGCACACUCUGCUGAUAUGGUAUAAACGUGUUCCCCUCUACAUUGAUAUUCUUACAAAUUGUCCCAGUAAGUGCAAGGUGAAAACUUUGACAAAAUUCAAGUUCUGUAUUACAAAAUAACUAAUUAAUAAAAAGUAAUUACUUUUCACCUUAACUACGGAGUAAGAACAGCAAUCCUGAAAGUGAAUUUGAAGAGCAAAAGAUAAAUAUAUGAAGGGACAAGAGAAUGUAAAAUAAUGUUGAUAUCACUAGGCUAAACAGUGCCUGCGUUGCACCUUUCUAACUGUUUUAUGUUUCUGUAAGAAGUAUUCCCUCAACUGUAUAACUUAUGAUUGAAAAUCACAUAGUGAUUGAUUUUCUCCAAUAUUGACAGCUCUUAAUGCAAAGCAUUAGGCAGAUUCUGCCAGUUCAGGCCAGGCAAGCUCGCUAGCAAGAGAACUGGUAGGAAUUGGAGUUUAUGAUGAAAAAUAGACCUCCCAUGUCUCAAUCCAUUUGAUCCAAUUCAGAGUUUAUGGUAUGGAUUUCCAGAGCAAAAUACUGAUAUUACAAAAACUCUUAUUCUGAAAAUUCUCAAAAUUAGUACUGUUGGGGAAAAAAAAAUCAAUUAGGAAAAAAAGAGCAAAACUAGCAUAGUCCCUGACUCAUAUUUACAGGCUUAUGUGCUUUGUGAAACUUUUCUGUCAUUUCCUAUGUGGCUGGUUGAAAUAACUCCAAGUACACACCCACAUGCUUUCAAAUGAAGUGAUAAAUGUUAGGUUAUUCCAGAAUACAAAUUACUGGUUAUAACUUUGUGGCUAAUAACUCAAAACGAUCCUGAUCCAUCUGACCGUGUCAGUUUCUUUCUGUUUGAAAUGAUGUGGCGGUGCUGAUGUUGGACUGCGGUGGAUGAGGUCAGAAAUCUCAACACCAGGUUAUAGUCCAACAGGUUUAGUACACCCUCAUCACUGGUGUGACACUUUGAUCUUUUACUUAUAAAUUCUGUGUCUAAUACUACCCCUCUCACUAACACCUCAAGGAGGAGUGAGGCUCCGAAAGCUUGUGUUUGCAAAUAAACCUGUUGUAUUAUACCCUGAUGUUGUAUGAUUCCUGUUUGAAAUGUUGACGUACGCAUUAAGACUCCUAUGAGCCAUGUAACCGUGUUCGUCUGCUUACUGUGUUUCUUAAUCCUAUUGCCAUUAGUUUACUUUUUGUGAAUGUUGAUCUUCUGUGGUUACUAAUAUUGAUUCAGUACAAUUUAUUUUUCAUCUAGCUCCUCAUGACACUUCUCGAGGCUCAUGUCAUUCACCUACAUGCCACAAAAACUGCAAAGGUUUAUAGAGUGACAAACAGGCAUAUCUGUGUAUCAUGUUGACCAGUUUGCCGUGUGGUUGCCCUUGGUGUUAGUCGUCUUUAAUAUUAGGACAAGUACUUUCAAGAAAGAAUGCUUUUACUUUUAGUUUCAUUUACUUGGUGACAUGCAUGUGAGGACAUGCCUCUCAUUCCAACAUUGUCAAGAUGUGGGUGGAGGUUAAUGCAUGGCAGAAUUUUCUAAGACUCCUGUCACCAGUGUGCUCAGCACAAAGUUGUCAUAGUAAUUGGUAGGUUGUAUAUGAGUUCCAGUGCAUUCAUGCUAAUGGUCAAAGGGGCGGUAUGCAAAAGAAAAUAAACAUUUUAGAAAUCUGUACUUUAACAUAUGUAAUGAAUUGCCGUGCGAGUAACUAUGCUGGUUGGCCUUCUGACUCAUUAGAAUUAGACAGCAUGUAUCGUGAAUAGAUUUUGUUGCCUAUGUGCAGAAGGUUCCUUGAGAUCCCACAUUACGAUGAUGUAAAUGACAAGAAAAUAGGUUGAACGGUUGGAUGUGUAUCAACUUUCGGAGGAGAUGAAAGACGGACUGGAAUUUGCAGAACUUGCAUGGAAUGUACAUUGUAUACAUCAAGAAUAUUAAAAAGUCAUUUGGUGGUACAGAACCUGCUUUGCUGUAUAAAGAAAAGUUUAAAGAUUUUCAUCUUGUACUCAGUACAAUUGGCAAGAAUACCAAUUCCAGGGGAAACCAACAUUUAUAAGGUAGAGAACAUUGGAGCAGGAGUAGCCUACAUGGCCUUUGGAGGCUCUUCUGCUGUUUAAUAUAAUCAUGACUGAUUAUCCAACUCCGUACUCUAUUCCCACUGUCUCUCCAUACCUUUUAUCCUUUAGACCUAAGAACUACAUCUAACUCCUCCUUGAAAGCAUUCACUGCUUGGUCUCAACCACUUCCUGUGAUACAGAUACAGGAGACUCACCCCUCGCUGGUGAAGAAAUUUUUCCUCAUCUCAGUCCUAAAUGGACAUCCGGAACACCCUGUGUUUACCUUGUUCUGUUCUGUUAGAACUUUAUAGCUUUCUAUGAGAUCCUUCCUUGUUCUUCUAAACUCCCAGUGAGUAUAGCCCAAACCGAUCAAGUCUUUCAUAUGUCAGCCCUGCCAUCCCAGGAAAAGCCCUCAAAAAAAGAGGUAUGAAGGGAGAAUGCUAAUUGGAUGGCAAGUGGACUCUGAUUGCUCGUGGCUUUGCUUUGGAGAAUGCACUCAUUCAUGGUGAUUGACAAUUAACAGCCAGACAUUGUUCAUAUUUUAAACCAGGCAGGUUGGCCCUGGGAAAUGAUCCAGUAAAUGGCUGCAACCUACAUUGUUGAAUUGAAAUGAAUGCAGUGUGUGUACAUGUUUGUUCUUUGUUUCUAACCAGGGGGUAGCUUCAAAAUUAAAGCGUCCAAUGAACAUUAGUAGUCAUGUAGUAAUUAUGUUUGGAAUUGUUUGAACUGGCAAACAUCCCAGCUUAUGGAAUUGCUCUGGUGGGAGAAAGAAAAUCAAUUUAUAAUGGAAGUUGAGUUGUUAAAUCUGUUAUCCAAUGUAUGCUUGAGAAGAUGCCAGACUUGGUCUGAAAAUUGGAGGACAACAAUAUUUUUCCACAUUUGUGUAAAUUUAAUUCCCUACACAAUGCACCCGAUAUACAACUGUGAUUCUCCUGUAUAUAUCACAGCAAUGGUUGGAUUUGUGUAGCUCUGAAUUGCGUUCUAAGUGUUUGAGAGUUAUAUUACUCAAUUAAGAAAAAUGUUUUAGGUGAAUAGGUAUGACCAUAAUAUAGCUUAUAUGACACCUGAGAUGUUUAUUGCAGCUCACUGUGACAUGAUGUCUGUUUAUUUAGGCUGAAGAAUACAAUGUGUUUGUCCAUGAUUAUACGGAAAUCCAAGUAUUUGGCUACUUGUAUAGUCUAUAUGAAAAACCUAGAGUAAAACAAAAUAGUAAACUGGCUCGCUUUCAUUUGUGUGGUAUUCUGCCUGUAUGUAUAUUUUCUUGAAGUUAUUUUGAAAGGCUGCGGUAAACUUUGUAAUUCUCACCAUAUAUUUUCAAAUUAAAUUUUACAAUUGAUGACUAUA